AUGUUCUCAUCGCAAUCUGUCUGCUCGACCUUGCUAGCCUUGAGCUUUCUCUUCAGUAGCGUUCAUGGAAAUGAAAGACGACUUCUCGGUUAUCGCACCGUUUCCGAAGAUGAAGCCAAAUGGAUCAAUAAAAAUGGAAGGCUCUACAGAGAUAAAGCACUCGAUCUGAAAAGCGCAGCUUUCAGCCAAAUAGGACAUGGGUUUUAUGUGGUGGACCAACCUGGUGACUGGGAGGAUGAUGAUGACCAGUGGUAUUGUGUCAUCGAAGCGGACAAGGAAAGAAUCCGAGCGGCUGAGAAAAUAUGGAUCCCAGAAACUCACGCGUCAACAAAAUUGUGGACCAUGUGGAGCGGAAACGAGCCAACUAUUCUGCAGUAUAUCAAGGAAACAAGUGCCGUGGAAUACCCGGAAAAAGCAUUACGCUUUUCAUACGUUGCAGUUGCCCUUGACAAGAUGCAAAUGGUCAUUCCAACUGAUACGAUAAACGAGAAUGACUUGGGUAUUUGGGCUCAAUGCUGGGAAAAAGAGAGCGACCUACUAGCUUAUUCCAGCCGAGCCGUUGAUUGGACGAAGUGGAAGAUUAUUGGAGCUCCUGACUCAAACGAACCUAGACCAAGCGGUACGUCUAACGGAAGGACUGCGCCGAACAAGUUGAGCUGGUACAAGCGGAUGUUGCGUGGCUGGCGUGCGUGGGUUGCGCCACCAGCAACAAUGUAG